AAAAUCAAGGUGUUCAAACGCAAAAUAAAAGGACCAAGCUCCUUUCACCAACGAUAACGGCCGGUCCCUUCAGCUGAAAUCCCACUCAACGCUCGAGAAAUUGAAUGACACCCCUUCAAAUAUCUCAUCCCGGCAACCGAAACCAAAAACCCAAACCCUAAUAAUCCCAAUGGCUCCUCCUCCCCGCCCCGAAUCCGAAUCCUCCUCCCUCCUCCCGAUCCAACCCGAGCCCACCUCCGCCUCCGAAACCGCCUACGAGCCCGGCGAGAAGAUCACCAUCGCCGACGACGAGUCCGGCUCCGACGUCACCCCUCCCUUCUCGUGGAAAAAGCUCUGGCUUUUCACCGGCCCAGGGUUCCUAAUGAGCAUCGCCUUCCUCGACCCAGGCAACCUCGAGGGCGACCUCCAGGCCGGGGCGAGCGCGGGCUACUCUCUGCUCUGGCUGCUGAUGUGGGCGACCGCGAUGGGGCUUUUGAUCCAGAUGCUGUCGGCGAGCUUGGCUGAGGUUUGCAGGGAGGAGUACCCGAAUUGGGCGAGGCUCGUGCUUUGGGUGAUGGCGGAGGUGGCGUUGAUUGGGGCGGAUAUUCAGGAGGUCAUUGGGAGUGCGAUCGCUAUCAAGAUUUUGAGCGGGGGAGCGAUCAAGCUUUGGGCUGGGGUUGUCAUUACUGCGCUAGAUUGCUUUGUCUUCUUGUUCCUUGAAAACUAUGGGGUUAGGAAAUUAGAAGCUGUUUUUGCAGUUCUUAUUGCAACAAUGGCUGUUUCAUUUGCUUGGAUGUUUGGCGAAACGAAGCCCAACGGAAAGGAACUUCUAAUAGGUCUCAUUGUUCCGAAACUAGGCUCAAAAACCAUACGACAAGCUGUAGGGGUUGUAGGUUGUGUCAUUAUGCCACACAAUGUGUUUCUACAUUCAGCUCUUGUACAAUCAAGAAAGGUUGACAAUAACAAGAAAAGCCGAGUUCACGAAGCGCUGACUUAUUAUUCAAUAGAAUCAACUGUUGCCCUUAUCAUCUCCUUCAUAAUAAAUGUAUGUGUUACAACAGUUUUCGCAAAGGGGUUUUAUGGUACUAAAGAAGCUGGUACUAUCGGUCUAGAGAAUGCUGGGCAGUUUCUACAAGAGAAGUAUGGAGGGAUAUUUCCAAUUCUCUAUAUAUGGGGGAUUGGGUUAUUAGCAGCAGGACAGAGUAGCACAAUCACUGGCACUUAUGCUGGUCAAUUUAUCAUGGGAGGAUUUCUUAAUCUUCGGUUGAAGAAGUGGAUUAGGGCAUUAAUUACCAGAAGUUUUGCAAUUGUGCCGACUAUAGUCGUCGCCCUCUUUUUUGACACUUCCGAUGAUACAUUGGAUAUCUUGAAUGAAUGGCUUAACGUGCUUCAGUCAGUUCAGAUACCAUUUGCUCUAAUUCCUCUUCUCACUCUAGUCUCAAAGGAGCAACUGAUGGGCGUUUUCAAGAUUGGCAAGAAGACAAAGGUUGUUACGUGGAUCGUCGCAGCCUUAUUGAUAAUCAUCAAUGCAUACCUUUUACUGGAUUUCUUUACUGCUGAAGUGCGAGGAGUAUUAGUUGGUCUCAUGGUUUCUAUUUUCAUAAUUAUAUAUGGAAUAUUUGUUCUUUACCUCAUUCUGCGCGAUGGAGAAUUGCCCAAUCGACUGGCCUCAGCUGUGCAUAAGAGCUUUUCAUGAGAACCUGAAACCAAAGAACAAUGUUUUUUUUUCCUACAUUUUCCGGAGCUUGGUAAACACUGUACAGUAAAGCUCAAAACAUUUAGAAGAAGCAACCUGAUUCCUUUCACUGGACCAGGAUAAAAUGCCGCGCACUUACAAGUGCGAGGACGAAGGAAGAAGCCACAACUUGUGAAUUAUAGUAACAAAGAACGUCCUGAUAUUUAUGGAGAAGUUUCUGAUGGCAAAGCUUUGUUACGCAGGAGAUCGACGUUAUUCACUUCUCGACUGACCUCAGUGUGCAAAUCAUGUUGUAUUCUUAUGAAAAUAACGUGAGAAUUGUUGCCAGCAGUGUAAGUUAAAUCACCACAGUUGCGUUUAACAAGCGGCAUAUUUUUGAACAAGUUGAUUCAUGCAAGAUACUAAUGAGAAAAUCGAAUGUGUACUUAUUGUUUUGUUGCC